CAAAAACCGCGCCCACAAAACCGGGGUGCUAAUUCGAGUUCGUGUAACAUUCACCUUAUUACAUCUGCAUCAGCCAAGCGAUCUAAGGCUCCGAGUUUUUAGUUUUAGCAAUUUUGAUUUUUUUUUGUCACUGGUGGUCUUUUUUUACCGUUAUAAUAAAUUUAAUGACGUCUACGCCGCGAACACAAGACUUACCGAGGCCCGGUGGUUUCCCAGCUGUUCAAUAUAAGCGCAAUAUACCAAGAAGGGGUCCUUCUGGAUUAGUCCUUUUUACAAGUAUAACGGCCAUAUCUGCAUUGGGUUUCUAUUGGAUGACACAGACGAUUUUAGAGUCCCGUGAAUUAAAACGUGAAAAAAGUUGGUCGCGUAUACAUCUUAUUCCUAUGUUGCAAGCAGAAUUUGAUCGUGAUACAUAUCGUCGCUCUCAAGCUUCUUUAAAGCGUGAAGCUGAAAUUAUGAAAGAUGUUCCAGAUUGGAAAGUGGGCGAAAGUGUAUAUAAUUCGAAGCGUUAUGUACCCCCAUCUGUAUUUAUUUUGCCGGAAAAAUAAUUGAUUGAUUAUUUUAAUUCUAUUAAAUACAACGCUCUUUUUGUUGAAAUGAAUUAUCUGGUUGUUUUUUGUUUAUUAAGUGUUAUAUACCAUAAAACAGAAACAAAGCAAAACAUUUUUUUCGGUGUGAAUAUCAUUUUCUAGACGAUAAAAAUUUUUUUUUUUAAAAAAAAAGGCUCCGUAAUAAUACGAUACAAC